AUGUCCAAGCACAACGAACCGGCUACGUUCAGCCACAGCAGACCAGUGUCCCAGCGCACCGGCUUUGUUCAGCCUCAGCCUACCGGUUUCGCUGGCGGAGGAAUGAUGCGAGCUCAACCGGCUGGUAUGGCCCUCCCACCCCAGCAAACCGGCUUUGGCCUCCAGCCUCAACAAACUAGCUUCGGCGGUCUCCAGCCUCAACAGACCAGCUUUGGCAUGCAAUCCCAACAAACCGGAUUCGCUAUGCAAUCCCAGCCCACUGGAUUCGGUAUUCAGUCUCAGCCCACUGGCUUCAACGGACCCUCUCAGUUCAAUAUGUCCAACCAAUUCUCCAGCCAGCAGCCUCAAAGCCUCGGCGUCCCAUCCCCCCAGAACGCACCCUCGCGUUUUAUGACGAGUCCUACUCCCCUGGGUGGCAUAACCGCCCAGCCAACUGGCUAUCCUAUGGGCUUUCGUGGACAGAUGCCCGCUCUCGCCGCCUCAUCCCAGCCCUUUCUCAACACAUUCAUGCCUGCACCAGGUGCUCAGCAACCGAUCGGCAUGGGCAACUUUCAACCGUCACAGAUGCAGUUUGCCCAACCCACCAGUCAGUUCAGUGGGAUGAGCCUUCAACAGACAUUUCAACAGCAGAACCAACAGCAGAUAGGACAAGCCGAAGUCAAGGUACCAUGGAAGCUUUCAACCGAAGAAAAGAAGAGUUAUGACCAGAUCUUCAGAGCCUGGGAUCAAACUGGAUCCGGGUUUAUCGAGGGCAAGAUGAGCACCGAAGUUUUUGCUCAGAGUGGACUUGCCAGAGAGGACCUCAUGCAAAUUUGGGGUUUGGCUGACGUGGAAAAUCGAGGAAAGCUCAACUUGGCCGAGUUCCAUGUGGCCAUGGGCUUGAUCUACCGCCGUUUGAAUGGGAAUCCCAUACCCACUACUUUGCCUGCGGAAAUGGUGCCACCCUCGGCAAGAGAUCUGGAUAAUUCGGUUGACUUUCUGAAAGACUUGCUCAAAAAAGAUAACUCUCGCGCUACGGGCGAGGCUUAUGCCCAACACACCCUUGGUCCUGUGCGAUCUCUACACGGUGCCAGGAGUUCGCCCAACCUUCAUAAGGAUGCGACUAUGUACAAGCACGAUGAACGAGACAGCUCGAACACUUACAAAUCCCAGUCUCGCCACAUCGAUCGCCGUGCCGUUCGUCACGCCGGCGAAGAUAGGGCGACAGCAGAUCUAGACGAAAUCAAACGCGAUCUCGACCGAACCGACAGCAUGCUCGAGUCUUCAAGGCAACGAGAUAAUGAUCAGAGCCAUCUCGAUGAUGAACUUGAAGACCUUCAGUAUCGCAUCAAACGUCUUCAGGAUGACAUCGAGUACGUCUCACGACCAGGCAGACGAUCGGAAGCUAACGAUCAAGAGAGACGAAAACUCGAGCGUGAACUGCUCCGAUUGCGUCACGAAGAUCUACCGGAGCUCGAAGCCAAGAUUUCGGAUCGCGAUCGUGAGCGUCGGAAAGAGUCGCAGGCCUAUUCUCGACAGCGAGAUCAGCGCAACAAUCGCAAUCGCUUUGAAUCUGAUCGUUAUAGUGAACCGAACGAUGACGAUCGUCAGCGGGAUGGUUAUUCCGAUCGUGGCUACCUCCGGGGUACCUACGACCGUGAUGUUCCUUCCCGCGUUUCUGAUCGCGGCUUGAGAGAUACCCCUUCUCGCUCCUCAUAUCGGGAUACUCCCUCCCGCGCCUCUGUGCGCGAGGCACGGGAUGACAAGGAUGAUCGCUACGACAGCAAGCGUUCACCAUCCUCUCCACCGACAAGUGCAACCAAGUCUCCCCCGCCACCUGCCACUGCCCCGCCAACUAAAACCAUGACGGCCGAAGAGAAGAAGGCUUUUAUCCAAGCUGAAGCUCAGCGUCGAAUCCAGGAGAGACUUCGUUCAUUGGGGAUAGGUGGGGGCUCAUCCGCUCCGGUCGCCGACACAAGUGUCAACUCACGCUUGGAGCAAGAAAAACAAGAAGCUGCGUUGAAGGCGUCCCAAGCCGACCAGGAAGCGGCUGAAAGAGAAAAGCAACGUCAAACCCGACUUGAAGAAGAGCGACUUAGCCGCCUGCAGACUCAGGAGGAUAUGAAUUCUAAGCCUAAUCCUACAGCUCAACCAGUAACAGUCGAAGCGCCCCCACCUUCAAAUGUCAACAGACCUGCGGAAAGCGACCUGUCGGCUGAAGAAGAGGCAUUGCUGAAAAGGCGGGAAGAUGCUCUAGCGAAAGAGAAGGCUGCAAGGUUGGCCCGAAUCAAGCAAUUAGAAGAAGAGGAAGAAGAAAGCCGACGACUGGAACAAGAAUUCAAAGAGAAGAAGGCCAUGUUUGCAUCUCGUUCCACCUCAUCUCCAGCAGUCCCCAAAAAGGCUCCACCCCCACCAGCACCUCGAAGUAGAGCGCCACCUCCAGCUACUGUGCCGCGCUCUGCUAGCCAAGUCAAGCUUCCGCCCUCGCUGCCUCAAUCCGUCCCGCCCCCAUCGCAAGCGGUCUCGACUCCUGCAAUCGCUAUCGGACUUGCUGAAGGACCUCCGACUCCUUCGAUUCCGCAGGCCCCAACAGCCCCUCCCGCUCCACCGGCUCCUCCAGCACCCCAAAUCGUACCGGCAGCACCGUCCCCCGCAAUUCCACAAGCGCCCCCACCCCCUCCAGCUCCCAUUUCGGCCCCACCAGCGCCAUCCGGCUCGACUGCCAGCACCAAUCCGUUCCACCGUCUGGGCACCUCGACAGGCAACGACUCGCCAGCGCCCACGACGCCCGGCUCAUUCCCGGCGCCAUUAUCGGCCAACAAUCCAUUCUUCAAACCAACCAGCACCACCACGCCAGCCCAACAACCAUCAUUUCCCUCUCAGCCCAGUUUCCGGCCCCCACCCCGCCCCCAGGACUCUGAUGACGAAUGGGAUGCUGCUGCCAAGGAGAAAGACGACGAUGAUGACAGCGACGAUGAAGGGGCAGCUACCGCCCGGAAAGCCCGCCAAGGCUUGGCCGAAGCCUUAUUCGGUGGCAUCAUGCCUUCCCGCCCUCAAUCGGCAGCCGCGAACCCCUCCAAUCCUCCGCCCUCUGCACCUCCUGCGCCGCCACCAGCUCCGGCGGCUCCUGCAGCGCCAAAAGCUCCCCUCCUGCCCCUUGCCAAUGCUCCGCCCGCUGAUCGCGGGAUGCUUCUGGGGGAGAUCCAGUCGGGGAAACGGCUCCGAAAGGCACAGACCAACGACCGCAGCGGGUCUGGCUUAGCGGGCAAAGUCAUCGGCGGGGCCGAUCCUCCUGUCCAAAACCAGCGUCCACCCAGUCUUGGCGAAGACGAUAAACGCCGCUCGGUCGACUGGAUCGGUGGGAUGGCCGCCGACGGGCUGCGCGUCCCCGCUCCUAGUCUGCCCGCUCAUCCGGAAGAACCCGCUUCUAAUAAGGAGGAGGCUUUGGACCGGGCAGGAGCUGAUGAUUGUACGAAAAACUUCGACAUGUCACAAACGAUCCGGGUCAGGUCUCUGUACCCUUACGCCGCGCAGGGCGACGAUGACUUGUCGAUGGACGUCAACUUGGUCAUCCUUGCACAUCCUUCAAGGGUCGAUGAGGACUGGAUGUACGGGACGAUCGAGGGGAGCGGGGUCUCGGGCACGUUCCCGAAGUCGUACGUGACGGAGAUCGAAGUGAGCUGGGGUAAAGCUCUGUACGACUAUUCGCCCACUGGCCCCGAUGAGGCCCGCUUGGUCGAGAACACCAGAGUGGCCGUCGUCGAUUGCUCGGAGCUUGAUUGGUUCAAGAUCGUGGAGGACGGCAGGGUCGGGCUGGUGCCUGCUGCGUAUAUCGAGCUUGAUGGUUAG